AUGGCGUCAGGACGCACGUUCAAGCUCAACACAGGCUACGAGAUUCCCGCUGUCGGACUGGGAACAUGGCAAUCCAAACCAAACGAGGUACAGGCGGCGGUGGCUGCAGCGCUGAAAAUCGGCUACCGGCACAUCGACGCUGCAGCUGUCUACGGCAACGAGCGCGAAGUUGGGGAUGGGAUCAAGGCAUCUGGUGUACCGCGCGAAGAGAUCUUUCUCACGAGCAAAUUAUGGAAUACUCAUCACGACCCUGAGAACGUUGAAGCUGCGGUGGAUCGAUCGCUCAGUGACCUUCAAACGGAUUACCUUGACCUUUACCUUAUCCACUGGCCAGUCGCCUUCCGCUACUCAACCACAACCAUCCAGCCCGUAGACGAAAAGACGGGCUUGAUUGACGUUGUGGAUGUACCAAUCAAGGACACAUGGGCUGCAAUGGAGGCACUGGUAGCUAAAGGAAAAGUGCGGUCGAUUGGAGUCAGUAACUUCACCCGGGAAAAGAUCGAAGAGCUCCUGAAGACGGCAAAGAUACCACCCGCAGUCAACCAGAUCGAAGCUCAUCCCUAUCUUCAGCAAAGAGACCUACUUGAAUGGUCGAAGGAGCAGGGCAUCCUAAUAACCGGGUACUCGCCGCUGGGAAACAACAUUUACAACAUCCCUCGAACCGUUGAUGACCCCCUCGUCAUCCAGAUCGCCAAGUCCCUAGACAAAACACCCGCCCAGGUCCUUAUCAGCUGGGCCGUCCAACGGGGAACAGCUGUGCUUCCUAAGUCGGUGACCCCAGAGAGAAUCGAGAGCAAUUUCCAAGACUUCGUUCUACCCGAGGACGCAUUCCAGGCUAUCCAGUCGCUGGAAAGGCAUCAGCGGAUGAACUUCCCUGCCCGGUUGGGAGUGGAUAUCUUUGGCGAGGCUGGGGAGGAGAGCGUGAGAAGGAGCGCGCUUGAGUGGGCGGAGGGACAGAGACUUUUGAAGGCUCAGGCUUGA